AUGGCAAUGAAAGUGUGCGUGUUUGGGGGGCGGCUGAGGCCUUUCAUUAUUAAUGUGCACCGCGGCGUCCUCACCUCCUCUGAGCCGCGCAGCUCACUGCUGACCUGCCAUCCUGAGGAGGGGCCUGCCUCACCGAGCUCGUCCUCUUGGCACAUUUCCCCAUGCGUGGUGGUGGUGCACGGUUUGGUGAGCAGGCCUGUCACACUGGGAAAAUCCUGGAAUCUUAUCAGCGCCUCGCAGACACUGAGCCGCACUGAUCUGCCUGCCCUGGCUGCCAGCAGACGAGCCCCUCCCCCACACACCGUUCGAAUGCCCCCGCACGCACGAGGCUGGCCCCUUGCUCCUUCCUCCGGCGCGAGAUAG